AUGCUCGUACUGACUUUAAGCCUCCACAGUGGUACCCCUACCAGCACGACCACAUCGAUCUCCGCCCUCUCCACAAUCGCAAUCAAGGAUGGUCAUCGCGGCCACCUCCCCCAGAAUGGAAGCCGCCAUGCACAUACCCCGUCAACCACCUCGCUAGAGGCGGAGCGGGCCGACCGGAUUUCGCGGCUCGCCGGCCUCGAGCGAGUUUCGACGCUGCGCGGCGCACAGCAGUCCUUCAACUCGGCUUCGUCCUCUCCCAUUUCGUAUAACCAAGGUGGCCAGGGCCAAGGCCACAUGAUUGGCCACGGCGGCGUGUACCUGCCGGCGCAGCACGUCACGCCCUCCUACUUUGACGCUCAGGGUCAGCCCGUCGCAAUCACUAAGAUGAGCACGGUUGGCACCGCGAGCCGCACAGGUAGCUAUAGCGGGCGCGAAGACGACGAGGACGACACGAGGACCACGACCGAGCAGGAUGAGGAUAUGCUGAGCAUGGAUAACAACUAUCGCGAAGGCGAAUCUAUCAUGAGCCACGACGCGGACGGUCUAGACGACGACAACCUGACGAACCGAUCCGUGGGUGGAUAUGACGACCGGAUGAGCGACGACGGUUCUGCCAGCCUCGUGGGUUUUGGCGAAGGCGCCGGGAGCACCAUCUCCGGUCCCAUCUAUCAGCGUCGCCCUCUCCCCGCCAUGGUUGGUGGCGAGGCCGGGAGCAACAGAACCAUCUGGGGCAUCGAGCGCACGUCCUCGGGCUUGAGCGAAGGCAGGAAGGACGCUUCGCACCCCACCGCUAUCCAGGAAAGGCGCGCGGCGCGCAUGACCAACGGAGUGGCCGUCGACGGUGCUAACAUCACUACCGCUGCGGCCGACGACGACAUCUUUGUGGACACCACGGCGCGCGAGCCUGUCCAGGUCACCUCGCCGCGCAGGCAUCGAAGGGGAGGCUCCGGCCUGAGUUCCAACUUGCCCCGCUCGCCGUGA